UUUUGUCUCGGAUCUAUCCGCAGAGUUUGUUCGUGGUUAGGAGAAACGCCGCUGGUGUGCGGAUUGGCUAGGGGGGGGGAGGCAUGGUCUGGCUUCUUUCUUUGUCUUACGCGGGCUAAAAUGGGCAGCCUCAGCUUUUUAAAACGCUGCUUUGAAAGUUGUCUCGGGGGACACAAAUAAAUAACUAGUUAAAUAAACUGAAUCAGUGCCGAGAUUACUAAAACAACAAUCCGGGAAGUAAGUCAUGUCUGGUAUUGCCUUAAGUCGACUUGCACAGGAAAGAAAAGCCUGGCGGAAAGAUCAUCCCUUUGGGUUUGUGGCUGUGCCAACAAAAAACCCAGAUGGGACGAUGAAUCUCAUGAACUGGGAGUGUGCCAUUCCAGGGAAGAAAGGGACUCCAUGGGAAGGAGGCUUGUUUAAACUGCGGAUGCUUUUCAAGGAUGAUUACCCUUCAUCCCCUCCAAAGUGUAAAUUCGAGCCCCCUCUGUUUCAUCCUAACGUAUAUCCGUCUGGCACAGUGUGUCUAUCGAUUCUAGAGGAAGACAAAGACUGGAGGCCAGCAAUUACGAUUAAGCAGAUCUUGUUAGGAAUUCAAGAACUUCUUAAUGAGCCAAAUAUCCAGGAUCCUGCUCAAGCAGAGGCGUAUACAAUUUACUGCCAAAACAGAGUAGAAUAUGAAAAGAGGGUUCGAGCACAAGCCAAAAAGUUCUCCCCACCAUAAGCAUCAAGUUCACCAACAAUGGAAGGGAUUGGUUUGACAAGAUUAUAUAUUUUUUCUUCACUUUUUUUUUUUUUUUCCCUUCCAAAAAGUUACCCUCUUGUGGUUUGGCAGACUCACUAAAGAACUGGUGAAGCUAAACUGCAUUGUGUGCCAUUUACUAUGUUUUUGCCACUCGCAUCAAAGUCCCAGAAUGAGUAUUUGCUAAAUUGGCUUAAGUGUGUGUGAGAUUAU